AUGGUAUUUAAACUUAUUAACACAAGGAAUCACAAAAAUUAUCAAUUACAGAAAUGAAAGAAUGCGUAUAGAUAUCAAAAUCAGAAUUCCUUGAAUAAAUUAAUCUAGAAUGUUCUGGUUGUAUAUCAGCUUUAAAAGAUUACAUUACAUAAAAUAAGAAAGAUUAAUUUAUUAACAUAGAUCAAGAAAUAAAACUAAAUGAUGAUCUAAUCAAUUCUCAAAGGAUAUUUAAGACACUUGCAAAAUUAUAAAAUUAUGGAGAAUCAAUAAAAUAUAUAAUAUAAAGUAUUUUCAAAAAGUCAACAUCAUAAAAUAAUAAGAAAAGAUGUUAAUUACAUUCAUUGAAAUAAAUUAUAGAAAUAAACAUCUAAGAACAUAUUCAUUAUAUAUGUAAUGAAAUUGUGUAACAAAAUGAAAAUUUUAUUAUCUAAGAUAAAGAAUUUGAUUAUCAUUUAUAAGUAAUCACAAAUUAAUUGGAUUUAGAAUUAUUUAAAAAUUAAAAAAUUCUGUUCAUCUUGUAAAGAUAAUAUUUAAGCAACAUUAAAGCAUUUUAAAUUAUAAGUUCCUUAAUUUAAAUGUUCAUGCAGUAUUAUUUGUUUUAUAAAAUAUGAUCAUUCUAGAGGGGAAAUUUAAAUUCCUUAUGAUGUAUAUAUUAUCUCAUAUUUUAGGCUAUCUUAUUGAAUGCUUUAUUGAAUAAGGCUCAAAUAUAACCAUUUUAUUAACAUGCUUCAACAAAAGAAGAUGCCUAAGAGGAAUUAUUAAUUUGUAUUGGACUAUUAAUUAAAGAUAAAUUAUCAUCUCUUUAUAGAGAAAGACAAACUUAAGAAAUUAUUAAAUAUAUUUUCUAUUAAUAAAUAGGAGAAAUAUUUAAAAGAAGAUUGGAAAAUUAUAGUAAAAUGAAAGAUUAAUACAAAAGUUAAUUAGAAGAAUUGGAAUAGUAUUUAAAGAAAAAAGAUGAAUAAAAAGAUAAAUAGAGAAAGAAGAGAUAAUUAAAAAAGAAAAAGAAAUUAUAAUUAAGUUCAGAUGGGUCAGUUCGGACAAAUUACCUACAAGAAUCUUCUCAAAGAUUGAUUUCUCCAUCAAAUAGUGAGAAAAAUCUAUUGAAGUCUUUCGGUUGGUAAGGAAGCCCAUCAAUUUCUCCAUAAACAAGAAAUGAAUUAGAAUUUUUAUAAAAAGAAUAUUUAUAAGAAAUAAAUAAUAGAAGAAAAUAAUUAAGAGAAUAAACAAAAUAAUGUUGGUGUGAAUGGUGUCACCAUCAUAAAUAAUAAUGA